AUGAUCCGUCAUGCCACAGCAUUCCGCUGCAGAAGAAGACACUGCGAGAUAUUGCCAGAAUGUAUGAGAAAUAUAUCCAGUUUCUGCACUGUAGCAAUAGCUGUUAUUGCAGCUAAUGUGCGUUUGUCGGAUCUCAAGCAGCCGCGCUGAUGAGAGGCCUGUGAAACGAGCAGUAUGUCAGUGCAUUUUGAGGAGAGGAGUGGUGUGAUCCCGUGUAAAACAGCAUGGGGCUCAUGGUAUCAGACUAUGGAAGAGGUUUUCAUCGAAGUGAAUGUUCCUCUUGGUACUUCAGCCAAAGAGAUCAAGUGUAACAUCGGGAGCAAACAGAUAGAGCUUCGUGUGAAAGACCAACAGAUCUUCAAGGGGAAGUUGUUUGGAUCUACUGUAGUCGAUGAAGCAACAUGGACGUUAGAGGACAAAAAAUUGAUCCAAAUAGUUCUCAUGAAGACGAACCGGGAGGCUGGGAACUGCUGGCAGUCUCUUUUGGAGGGAGAGUAUGCGGCAGACCCGUGGGUGCAGGAUCAGAUGCAGAGGAAGCUCACGCUGGAGAGGUUCCAGAGAGAGAACCCUGGAUUUGACUUCAGCGGGGCAGAGAUCUCCGGGAACUUUCAGGGUGGUGGACCAGAUUUCUCCAGCUUGCAAAAAUAAAAGGACUACUUUCAUUAAUGUACUUGGUGCUGGCCUACCAAAUUGCACCAGUUUAUUUCCAAUGAGAACAUUUUUCACACUUCUCCCUUUGGUUUUAAAUAUAUCGCAAUGCUAUCUGGCUACUGAUAUAAAGCCAUAAUCUAUUCACAAGCAGCCUUUGAGUCAAGUCUUUAUGGUGGUUUUAAUUUACCAAUGCCAUGGUUUAUUUUGUAAUUGUCACCACAGUGGUUUUAGAAGACUAUUGGUUCAACCAUCCUUUGAAUUGCAAUAAAGUUAUUCAAGCACUUAUUAAA